CAUUCUGUGAGCACCUGGCAACCCUGCACUCCUGCACUACCCUGCGGCGUUCUUCGAGAGCGAAAUGAGCUCAAACACAAGCACUCAACAACAGCAGCUCGUGAACAAACUCGAGGAUUUCGAAUUCCCAUACUGCGACGAUGUCGCGAAGUACGAGAAGAUCGCCAAGAUCGGUCAGGGAACGUUCGGCGAGGUGUUCAAAGCCGGACACAAACAGACAAAGAAGCUGGUCGCCCUCAAAAAGGUGCUCAUGGAAAACGAAAAGGAAGGCUUUCCCAUUACUGCAUUGCGUGAGAUUAAGAUCCUGCAGCUCCUCAAGCACGAGAACGUGGUCAACCUGAUCGAGAUCUGUCGCACAAAAGCAACCCCUUUCAACCGCUGCAAGGCCACAUUCUAUUUGGUUUUUGACUUCUGCGAGCACGACUUGGCAGGUCUGCUCAGCAACAUCAAUGUCAAGUUUUCACUGGGUGAGAUCAAGAAGGUUAUGCAGCAGCUUCUCAAUGGCCUCUACUUCAUUCAUAGCAACAAGAUCCUGCACCGUGACAUGAAGGCAGCCAACAUCCUCAUCACCAAGGCUGGCGUGCUGAAGCUCGCCGACUUUGGACUGGCCAGGGCCUUCUCCUUGAGCAAGACUGGGCAGCCCAACCGUUAUACCAACCGGGUGGUCACGCUGUGGUACCGUCCCCCCGAGCUGCUGCUGGGCGAGCGCAACUACGGUCCCCCCGUGGACAUGUGGGGCGCUGGCUGUAUCAUGGCCGAGAUGUGGACCCGCUCGCCCAUCAUGCAGGGCAACACAGAGCAGCACCAGAUCAGCCUCAUCAGCCAGCUGUGCGGCUCGCUCACACCUGACGUCUGGCCCGGUGUGGAGAAGCUCGAGUUGUACGCCAAGCUCAACCUGCCCAAGGGACAGAAGCGCAAAGUCAAGGAACGGCUCAAGGCAUACGUGAAGGACCCCUAUGCACUGGACCUACUGGACAAGUUACUGCACCUGGACCCGAGCAAGCGGUGCGACAGCGACAGUGCGCUCAACCAUGACUUCUUCUGGACAGACCCGAUGCCAUGCGACCUGGCCAAGAUGCUGUCACAGCACACGCAGUCCAUGUUUGAGUACCUUGCACCCCCACGGCGUCGGGUAAUGCAGCAGCAGCCACCACAGGGGCCACAUCACCCACCCAAGGUGCCUUCCGCUUCCGACGGGCAGUACCACGACCGCGUCUUCUGACCCGAGCCCAGCUGCUGUGCCUAGCCCUUCACUCCGUCUUUCUGUCUGGUGUGCUUCUCCAGGCUUUUGUCUGCAAACUUUCUGGCAUGGCCCGUGUGUGUCACCAAAAUAGAGGUCUCCGGAAGCAGUUUCAUUUUCCAAAGAGCUCUCUCGGCCACCUGCGAGACUCUGGACGCAUUGUCAUCGUAUAUGUGCAGCGGUCAGUGUUGCCCCAGGCAGGGAGCCAUCAGUGUCUGUGCAGCUGCAAUAUUGGGACAGCCUCACUGCUCGAGCAGCUAUGACACUUGAACUCAUGACCAGAGCUAGCUGCACAUGGCUACAUUUUACGAGGGAGCUUGUUUACUCUCACUACAUGUGCAGAACAAUGUGUGUGCGUCUGACUUGCAUCAUAGUGGACACCGUUAUUGUCUUGUGGCAGAGAGUGAUGCACGACUACAUCUUUAUUCCAAGACAGCCAGGUGCCAUCUGAUCACAGGGUGCCGUUGCUGUGCUCGCGCGCAUCUGUCAUUGCGCGCUCUCCAGAAGCAUCAAUGACAGCAGUCAGACAUGUAUCUUUGGCUGCACCUGUACACCUGCGUGCCAGCGUGUAAGCUGGUUUUGUGAUGACUUUUUUUUCAAAGUUGCACUAGGCAGCACUGCAAGUGCGGACCAUUUUUAGUGCCUGUGAAGAGCAAUUUGUUGUUAUUUUUGUGCAUGCGAGUGUUUUUGUUGUCACUUUUUUUUAGACCAGUAUGCUUGGCAUGCUUGGCAUGGAUUUUUCUAGGUGACUGAGACCAGUUCAGGUUGUACUAUAGAGAUUGUGUCGGUUUAAUCUUGUUUUUGCUGUCUCGGUUAUUCUCUCAUUUCCCAUUGCAUAGUGCAGGCAGCCUACAGCAGUAUUUCAUUGCCACAUUGGGCAGGCCGUUGUUGUGUUAGCAUGAACGAAGCAAUCGUUGUGUGUGAUCACACGCAUCAUAAUUCUUUGGUGUGUUAUAAUGCAAUGCGCUGCUGCUCUUCAUUCCAUUGCAGCUAAAGGACUGCCUCAACUGUCAAGUGCACGCAAAAUAUGAAAUGGAGCGGUAGCGACUUUUUACCGUCGUUGCUGCAAUUUUUUUUUUUUUUGUCGAUGCUGUUCUCACCUGUGCAUGCCGUUUGCUUAGCAAACGUAACAUACCAAAGUGAAGCUGUGGGAAUGAAAAAGUGUGGUUACUUUUCCCUUUCGAGCCUCUUUAGAGACAUGCAAUUGUGCUCAGAUUUUUCUGCUGUGCGAAUGUGGAGGCACAUUGUUUUGUCUCAGUCCUGUGCUCGUGUGAGCUGCUAGCUGAGGAGUCUGCACUGCAUUUGGCUAUGAGGCAGUUUUCUGUGUAGUGGAAGGUUAUUCUUGCACACUUCAUUCAUCAUGCUUUCUUUUGGGGAGAAUUAUGUGGAGCAGGCUGUUAUUAAAAAUGAAAAAUUCA